AUGGCGACGGCCUCGUCGACGCCAACAUUCUCUCACAAGCAGCAUCUUCGUCUUCUGGAACCGAGCCAAGCCGAAAGCGCUAUCCGCGAUAUCUUCAGCAACGUUUCGGCCGCGGACGUUCGUCAACAAGCGGGAAAGACGGAUGAGAACGCAGGCGAGUAUCACGGGGACAAGGCAGGCAAGUGGCCGAAGACGAGCGAGGACGUGGUCUUCUCCACGAUGUCGGUCAAGUUCAACAAGGCACUGGACAACAAGGGCAAGGACAUGUUCCUGUCGUACCCAGCCCAGCACGAGAAGAAGGUGUCCUAUGGCAGCUCGUACGAGAACCCGAUUUCUGCGAACGUGGGCAACGUGUAUGCCAAGCUGCCACCCGCGGGCGUGGACCACGCGUACACCAAGCGGCUGCCUGCGGCGAGUCGCCGUAGGUGGUCACGUUCGAGCUGGUCAUCCGCGGCAGCACCCAGCGCCUGCACUCGCCCGUGCUCAGGAAGGUCAGCACACACGGGUUCAAGACCGACGACAAGAGCGUCAAUGAAUGAGUGCCAGUCAAGCAAGACCUAA